AUGAAUAAAUCAUCUGAAGAAUCAACUAAAAAAGUCGCUUCUUUUGAACCACGCGAACAAAUAAUGGAUACACAAAUGAAAACUAGUUCAAGUUAUAUCGAUAAAAUGGCACCAGAAGAUAUGACAUCAAAAGAAUAUUAUCUUGAUUCAACAGCUCAUUUUGCUGUUCAUGAGGAAUUAUUAAAAGAUGAAAUUCGUACAAAGACAUUUCGUAAUGCAAUUAUUAAUAAUCGACAUUUAUUUAAAGAUAAAGUAGUAUUGAAUAUUGGUUGUGGUAUUGGAAUUUUCAGUUUAUUUGCUGCUAAAGCCGGUGCAAAAAUGGUCAUUGCUGUAGAAAAAUCGAAUGUCAUCGAAUAUACAAAAAAGAUUGUCCGUGCAAAUCGAUAUGAUAAAGUUAUCAAACUUAUCAAAGGUAAAAUUGAAGAAAUUGAAUUACCUGAAGGUAUACAACAAGUUGAUAUUAUUAUUGCUGAAUGGCUGGGUUAUUCAUUAUUUUAUGAUUCAAUUAUUCAAAGUGUGAUUUAUGCAAGAGAUAAAUAUCUUAAACCCGAUGGUAUCAUUUUUCCUGAUCGCGCAACAAUGUAUAUGGUUGGUAUUGAAGAUCGAGAAUAUAAAGAAGAUAAAGUCGAAUGGUGGUCAAGUGUUUAUGGUUAUAAUAUGGGUUGUUUAAAAAAUUAUGUUAUGCGUGAACCAUUAGUUGAUACAGUUGAUAAACGUCAAAUUUGUACAGAUCAUUUUCCAAUUAAAACAUUUGAUCUGAAAACAAUGACUAUCAAUGAUAUUGGUAUUGAUGCUAAAUUUCGAUUACGUGCUUCACGUGAUGAUUAUUUACAUGCAUUUGUUACUUAUUUUGUUGCAGAAUUUACUGCAUGCACACAAAGAACAGUCAUUAAUACCGCACCUGGUGCCGGUUAUACACAUUGGAAACAAACAGUUUUCUAUUUUCCUGAUUAUGCAACACUAAAACAAGAUGAAAUAGUCGAAGGAACAUUUUCUUGCAAAGUUAAUCUGGAAAAUACAAAAAAACUCAAUUUUGAUAUUGAUUUUCAAUUCAAUGGUCAAAUAGCAUCUUUACACAGUAAAAAUCAAUAUUUUAUGAAAGUAUCAAUUAUUUUUGCAGUUGAACAAAAAUUUAAAAUUGUAUGUUACUUUACAAAUUGGGCUAUGAAACGUCCCGGUGGAGGUUCAAUGACACCUGAAGAUAUUGAUCCUUGUUUAUGUACACAUGUAAUAUAUGCUUUUUCUGAAAUGGAUAAUAAUCAAUUAACACCAAUGGAAAAACAUGAUUUGAAAGAUGGAAGUCAACCUGGCUUUUUUGAACGAUUUAAUGCUUGGAAAAGUGUUAAUAAAAAUUUAAGAACUUUACUUGCUGUUGGUGGUUGGGAUAUGGGAAUGAAAGAUUUUGCAGGUAUUGUUAAAUCUGAAAAAACAAUGAAAAAAUUUGCUGAAUCAACAGUAAAAUAUUUACGAAAACAUAAAUUUGAUGGUCUUGAUCUUGAUUUUGAAUAUCCCGGGGUUGAUUGGAGAGAUAGUCCCAGAGAAGAUAAACAAAAAUUUACAAAAAUGUGUGAAGUCUUAUAUGCAACAUUCGAAAAAGAAGCAGAAACUAGUGGUAAUGAACGUCUUCUUCUUACUGCUGCUGUAUCAGCAGCAAAAGUUAAUAUUGAUAAAGCAUAUGAAGUAGAUAAACUUGUUCCAGUAAUGGACUGGUUUAAUUUAAUGACUUACGAUUUUCAUGGAGCAUGGGAUCAAAAUCGUGCUCAUCAUUCAUCAUUGAACAGUAAAGAUAAUGAAAAAGAUGAUACAAUGUAUAUUGAUUUUGCUGUGAAAUAUUAUCAAAAAUUGGGUAUGCCACCAAGUAAAAUAAUGUUAGGUAUAGGAACAUAUGGACGAGGUGAUACAUCAGCUAUGCCUUAUACAGGAUUUAAAGGUGAAAGUGGUUUUGUUGCAUAUUAUGAAAGUUGUAUUCAAAUUGUUUGUGAAAAAAUGAAAGAAACAUGGGAUGCUAAACAACUUGUUCCAUAUAUAGCUGGACCCUAUAAUCAACCGAAAGCUGGUGUAGAAAAUGUUCGUAGUAUGAAAUAUAAAGCAAAUUAUAUAAAACAAAAUAAUUUGGGUGGUGCGAUGAUAUGGACACUUGAUAUGGAUGAUUUUCGUGGUCAAUUUUGUUGUCAAGGAAAGUUUCCUCUUAUAAAAACAAUAAAAGCUGUUCUACACGGACAAGUUAAAUUAUUGCCAAAAGAAAAAAUUUGUUCAUCUUGUCCAACAAAAGAAUAUAAAGAUUUUAAACCUCAAACUCAAUCACAAACAACAGAAAAAACAACAAAAAAACCGAAAAAAUCCAAACGUGAUGCUGAUACACCGACACCAGAAGAUGUAUGUGAAGAAUUAAAAGAUGGUCAAUGGCCUGAUCCGUCCGAUUGUAAAAGUUACUUUUUAUGUCGUGGUGUUGGUAGCCAGUGGGGUGAACAAAAACGUGAAGUAUGCUAUACUGGUGCUUACUUUGAUCCAAAUGAAAAAACAUGUAAAUGGAUUGGUUUAGAUAAGCUUAAUUGUGAAGAACUUGUCGAAGGUUAUGAAAAUCCAGUAGCUGGUGUUACACGAUCUUCAAAUAAAGGAGACGAUGAUGACGAUGAUACAGAUGAUGAUGAUAGUCCAAGCGAUGCAGGUCCAACAAAAUCAAAGAAAGAAUCCAAAGGAUCAUCAUCAAGCAAAUCAAUAUCAAUAUUAAGUCGAACAACAUCUGAAUUUGAAACAUGUACACAAGAAAAAGCAGUUGAAUUUGAUCCUGUACAAGAUCCAGUUAAUGAAUCUCGUCGUAUACAUGAACAAAUAUCACAAGAAUAUUGUUUAGUUGAUUAUCCAUCUGCUUAUCGCUAUCAACAGCAACGUCGUUUACAUGAACAUCCAUCAAUCUCCGAACAAUCUCCACCAUCAUAUAAUAAUACUAUCGAACAAACAGGAAGACAACAAUUACCAUUAUUUUCAUCUAUUCGUACAAUACCGUCAACAACAUAUGGUUAUCAGAAUUCACCUGUUGUGAACCCAUCUAUUUAUACAGCAAAACCACCUACAUAUGCUGAAAUCUUUCUAACAUCAAAUUGA